AAGCGCACUUCCGGUAGGCGGUGAGAAAGUCCAGUCAUGAUGGUCGUGUUUUCAUACAGUGUUUUGACAGUGUUGUAGGUUUAGUGUGUUUUUGUCCUGCUCUACUGCACUUAUCUUCAUGUAUACUCUCGGCUGUGUGUUUUGAGCUGCUCGUGUGUGUGUUCUGCUGCUGAAAUGAGUGAUGUUGUGGAGAAAACUCUCACUGCUCUGCCGAGUUUGUUUGAUUCUCAAACCGGAGCCGCAAAAAUCAGCAACAGACUCAAACAGCUGAUCAAGAGCAUCACAGAGCUGACCUCCAAACAUGACGAGGAGAGUCUCAUCAAACAGGAGCUCUCGGCCAUGAAGGAGCAGGUUUCGGCUCCCAGCACCAGCAUGAAGCAGAUGAGAGAGAUCAUGGUGAGGUCCAUGUACUGUGAGAUGCUGGGCUACGACGCCUCCUUCAGCUACAUCCAUGCCAUCAAACUGGCCCAGCAGGGCGGCGUCAUGGAGAAGAGAGUCGGGUAUCUGGCAGUGUCUCUUUUCCUCAGUGAAGGCCAUGAGCUGCUGCUGCUGCUAGUCAACACAGUAUUAAAGGAUCUUCAGAGCACCAACCUGAUUGAAGCCUGCAUGGCCUUGACUGUUGUAGCUCAGGUGUUUCCCAAAGACAUGAUUCCUGCUGUCCUUCCUCUGGUGGAGGACAAGCUUUCACACCCCAAGGAGAUCAUUAGGAGGAAAGCUGUCCUGGCCUUAUAUAAGUUUUAUCUCAUCGCUCCUAAUCAAGUGCAGCACAUUCAUGCCAAGUUCCGGAAGGCUCUGUGCGACAAAGAUCCUGGAGUGAUGACGUCAUCCUUACAUAUUUACCUACAACUCAUACAGGAGAGUCCGGACGCCUAUAAGGACCUGACGGGCAGUUUUGUCACCAUCCUGAAGCAGGUUGUUGGUGGGAAACUCCCGCUGGAUUUUAACUAUCACAGCGUUCCUGCGCCUUGGCUUCAGAUCCAGCUGCUCCGCAUCCUCUCGCUGCUCGGCCGGGAUGACCAAAGCACCAGUGAGCUGAUGUAUGAAGUUCUGGACGAGUCUCUGCGCAGAGCGGAAAUGAACCACAACAUCACCUACGCAAUCCUGUUUGAGUGUGUGAAGGCCGUCUACACCAUCCACCCUAAAGCAGAGCUUCUGGAGAAAGCAGCGAGAUGCAUCGGGAAUUUUGUUCUGUCUCCAAAGAUUAACCUUAAGUAUCUCGGUUUGAAAGCCUUGACGUAUGUUGUCCAGCAUGAUGCCAAACUGGCCUUACAGCAUCAGAUGACCAUUAUUGAGUGUUUGGACCACUCAGAUUUCACUAUUAAAAGAGAGACUCUUGAAUUGCUGUUCAGGAUCACGAACGCUCAGAAUGUGAGUGUGAUUGUUGAGAAGAUGCUGGAUUUUCUGCGCAGCUGCAGCGACGAACACACCAUCAUCCAUCUAGCCGGAAAAGUGGCAGAGCUCGCUGAAAAGUUUGCUCCAGACAACUCCUGGUUUAUUCAGACCAUGAAUGAUGUUUUUUCUAUCGGCGGAGAUUUGCUGCAGCAGGACAUCUCCAAUAAUUUUCUGCGACUGCUGGCGGAGGGAUCAGAGUCUAAAGAGGAGGAUGAUCAGCUACGGCUGUACGCUGUCGACUCGUAUCUGACAUUAUUGAACGGAGACGCUUCUCAUCUGCCGCAACGCUUCAUUCAGGUCAUGAGCUGGGUUGUUGGUGAGUAUUCUCAUCUUCAGGAGUGUGUGGAUCAGAGCGAGGUGAUUCGGCUCCUGAUGAAGCUGCUGGAGCAGAAGAGUGUGAGCUCAGAGACGCGGGUCUGGAUUCUCUCAGCUCUGACCAAGAUUUCAGAUGGCCAGACAGACUUAAUUCUGGAGCUGGCAGAGAGUAUUUCAUCCUCUCAGGACACGAUUCUCCGUCAGCAGGCCCACGAGCUGCGGCAUCUCAGCCUGGACUCAAAGCUACAUGAGUGGGUUUUGCCCCGCGGAGCCGCCUGGGACGACAUGGAGGUCGACUCUUCUUUGUCAUUUCUGGAUGGGUUUGUUUCUGAAGCUUUGGCUGCAGGAGCCGCACCAUAUAAACCUCCUCAUCAGAGACAAGAAGAGCUGUGUGAGCAGAGAGCACUGAAUCUGGAGCCAUACAGUUUUUCUCUGCCUGUGAGUUUGUCAUCGUGUAGCAUCACUGACAGACACUCUCCUACAUUACUGUCCGUCAGCUCAGGACUUUCAGGCAACAGCACUGAGCUCUCUCAGAAAGCAGGUGCCAGCACUCUAAUCCUCGAGGGUGUAAAGAGAGUUUGGGGUAAAGAUGGGUACCUUCCACAAAAAGAAACAGCAGUAACAGCCUCUCCGGUGGAUGAGCCCAGUGCUGCAGUUCAGCCCGUCGGCCAGCAGGAAGCAGCAGAGAGAUUAGAGCCACAGCCGGAGCCUUCAACGCAAACCAACGACAAACAGCAGCUGGCUUCCUCUUUGUUUGUUGGUUUGAGUACGCAGAGUUCCACAUCUUUGCUGGGAAAAUCUGAAGCUCCGCCUCCUCGGUUCAGAAAGAAGCCCCGCCCUCAUGGAUCAUCAUUAUCAUCCUCAUCCUCAUCAGGAACAAGUGAAAAGUCUUCCUCCUCCCGGACCUCACAUAACACAACUGACAGCUUCCUGUAUGGCAGUUUGCUAGAGGAGGAGCCAGCCGGUUUUGACCACACCCCCAAAUCCAUCACAGCCAAUGGUCUUGGCCAAAAUAAAGACGUUAAAGAAGACAGACGUACAAACACAUCUCAGAUACUGGGCAGUGAUAUGGUGAUAGUGCGGCCCAACACAAUACAACACAAUCCGUCCACGUCUUCAGACCUGACCACUCUCUUACCUGCAGACCUUAAAGACCUACCUCACUCUGAUGUCAUCAGCCUGACCUCUGACCCCAGCCUGAGUGUGUCAUCCUGCCGCGUGUUCAGAGAUGAAGCUCUGCUGCUCGUCAUCUUCAUUUCUAACAGCACAGAGACUGAUAUAAGAGAUGUUGCAGUGCAGCUCAACUGUGACCAGCUGGAGACGGUGAGUUUGCGAGGGAAUAUCGUGGACUGUCUGGAGGGCAGGAGUGUGUCUGUAUGCCAUUACGCUCUGCUGAUGGACGACCCUCACACUAAUGUGUCCUUUACCGGGAGCGUCUCUUAUCAGAUACAACCAGGACACACAAACACACUCUCUUUCUCUGGGACACUGUCCACAGCGGACUUUAUCAGGCCUUUAGUUGUAACCACAGAUGAAUAUGGGAAACUCUGGCUGUCUCUGUCUCAUGACGUCAAGCAAAAUCUGAAACUGCUCACAGAUGCCGGUGACCCUCUCCAAACAACCCUGAAUGCCCUCAAGGACACCCUACAGCUGCAUAUAGUGGACAUCAUCGGCUCAGAGGGAAUCGUAGCAUGUCGUCUGCUCAGCGGCGCCCCCUGCCUCCUGCACUGUCGAGUGAACGGCUCUGCUCUGGCCAUGUGGCUGCGCUCUCCACUUCCUGCUCUCCCAGACUGCAUCCUGUACCACUGUCAGAGAGCGCUCGCACAACACUAAACAUCCACAGACCCGCUCAUAUCUUCCUGGGAAGCUCCGCAACAGUGUUUACAGGUGUCUGUGACUGAUAAUGCAACGACUAUUUGAAAGCAAUACUUGGCUAUUGCGCGUCUGACUAAUAAUUUUAUUGAUAUAUAUUUUUUGUACAUUGAAUUUCAUUGUGUCAACAACGCUUACAUAGAGUAAAAGUUAUUUAUUGAUUUUAAAC